GAAGAGAUUACAAGCGAAUUUAGCAUUACUAUUGUUCUGAUCUCAUAAUAAGUGAAACACUAAAGCAUCUUUAAAAUGUUUUAACUAUUUCCUUUUAUAUGAAUAAUUAUGAAUCUAGUUGUCCUGUAAUUUGAAUGUGAUACUGCGAUUUGUAUGGAAAUUUUCGCGCUUGAGCUGUGAAUCUUAAAUAGAGGUUGUUUUAGGAAAUAUCUGUUGUUAAAGGAUAUAGUCUUUAAAGUCAACAAUUCAGCUUCUAAAUGGAACAAUCACUAAAUUGAAAAGCUUCUGCGUGUUCGAUAUUUAUUGAGUGCAAUCAAACCUCCUAUCUAAAUAUAUUUGUUAUAAAGUUCUACUUCUUUCUUUUUUUUUCUUCUUUUUUUUUCUUCUUUUUUUAAUGCAGCAAUGUUAGUUUGUGCAAUUCAUCUUGAUUUUAUGGAGUAGGUUCGAUGAGGAAAGUUAAAGUAGAGAAAAAAUAAGAAAAAUUAUCGCAGUAUACUUUAAUUUUUAAUUUUUUUAAUUUUUUUUUUACAAACUAACAACGAUCUAAACUUGGAAGCACUGUGAUAUAAAAGAAACCAAACAUGUUUUUUGCUAAAAAAGCAAAUUACGAUUUGUUAUUACUUAUAUUGCUCGUCCUUCGCGUAGAGCUUGAUUCUAGAAAUUUUAGAUAUCAUGCUUCUAUCCGAGAACCAGCAAGUCAAUCUGUUCGUUUAGGUUCAACAUCAGCCUAUACCCAAAUAUCCCACUCAGAAUCCUAUUUGCGAUAUCCUCACCCAAAAAGCAUCGAACAGAAUGAGCUUGAUGAAGCAGCUAUAUUGUUCAGUAGACUCAAUUAUGUAAAUAGCGUUCGACGAGAAAAUUGGAUUACAUGUAUUGUGAAUUUUCCUGAGCAACAAUCAUCUUCUACUUCUGAUGAGGCUAAUACUUCUGAAGGAAGUGUUGCUAUUGGAAAUCAAGAUGUAUCUGAUAUUAAUGGUGCUGCUAUUAAUGAGUUACCAAGCUCUCCUGAGAAUUUGGAACUUACACCUGAGGAAAUGGACCUUAUUGAAAUACUAUGGAAACAAGACAUUGAUUUAGGAGUUACCAGAGAUGCAUAUGAUUCUCGCCAACCUGGGGAAACUGAUAAGUUGAAAGAUGUUGAAUUCCUUAAAGAAAAGGAUUUGCUUGACCAGAAAGAUUUGAAAGUGCCUGAAGAACCUGUGAUUGUUCCUGAUCCUUUGGCUGGAUUAAAUUAUACAAUUGAUUCAGAAACCGGUGAAUAUGUGAUUGAUGACUUCUCUAGCUCUUUUGAUAACAAUGUUUCUCUUCAUCACUUUCAAAAAAAUGAAUCAUUCCAUGAUGAAAAGAGUAAACCUUUUGAAUCUGAGUUAUUAGCCAAAGAAGUCGAUUCCUUGAAUUCUUUUGACUUAGACGCAUUUCUACCUUUUGAAGACAAUGAUUUCUGUGAUUUAACUGAAUUGUUUCCAUUGGAUGAAUUAAGUGAUUUAAUACCUGAUGACCUAGCUUCAAAUCCUAAUUAUUCUCUACCUCAAAUAGUAGACGUGGAAAAAGAAUUUGAACAGUUUGGAAUUCUAAAUGAGGAAAAUAUUGAUGAUGCAGAUCGAGGUGAGAUGUAUCCAAACAUUGAAAACUGUUGGCCAGAUGCGACCAGUAUGAUGCCAUUAUUUGCUGUAGGUACAUCAUACCCAAGUUCGCUCACCCCCAAUCAAAGCACUACUUUAAGUUCGCCUGCAAGGGCUUCAAGUGAGGCACAAACUUCUAUUUUAACAUCUGAUGCAGAUUUUCAGGCAGUCUCUCCUUCAAUGGGUUCUUCAAGUAUAGGAUAUGCUGUUGCAGAAUCAAUUGCAACUUUGACAAAUGACAGUGAUCCCACUCCUGUUAGUAGUAUUGUUAAUAAUGCAUAUGGUGAAGAUCUUCCUGAGCUUCUUUAUGCAAACCAUACUAUAACAGUGCCACACAAUGAUCUUAUAUCAGAGUUAUUCUUAGAUGAUAUAAAUUUGAUGCCUUUACCAGCCAAUGAUAAUUCUGAAAAGGCAAGGGAAGAUCAGAUGGAUACAAGCAAUGAUUCUGUUUCAAGUAGCAAUUUUCCCUCAGUACCUGAUUGUCGUGAUUGGAUUGAUUCAUGCUCUGAAUCAUCAAUGCAUAAUGAGGAAGAUCAAACUAGAUGUGAUUUGCUUAUGCCUCAUUCACAAAUUGGUUAUCUUAGUCCAUCUCAGAAUAGUGAUCCAUCUCAAGCAUCUGCAUCACCCAAGAAAUUCCGGCAAUCAAGUAGAAAUCAAAAUGGAAGCUGCAUGAAUUCAUUGCAAGCAGGAAAUUGCAAUGACCAACAAUAUUUCACUCUAAAGUCGUACUAUUCUGAUCCAUCUGAAAACUCUGCUUGUGCCAUCUCUUGUAGUGUAAUGAACUUCAACAAAAAGUUUGAUUACUCUGUUCCUAAGGCAAAUGGAUACAACUGUUCAAAUUUCUUGCAGCAUAAUCAUACUUACCACAUACCCUUCAACAAUGAUGAUCUAUGUCACAAACCAAUUACAAGAGACAAGCAAAGAUCAUAUUCUGAUGAUGAUUCUAGCAACAAGGAUGAAAAAAGGGCAAAGGAACUCAAACUCCCUAUCAGUAUUUCUGAUAUAAUUAAUUUAGCCAUUGAAGAAUACAAUGAGAGACUUUCAAAAUAUGAAUUGACAGAGGCUCAAAUUACUCUGAUAAGAGAUAUUCGUCGGCGAGGAAAAAAUAAGGUUGCAGCACAGAACUGUAGAAAACGUAAGAUGGAUCAAAUUAAUAACUUGCAACAAGACCUUGAUUACCUACAAGAUGAAAGGAUGAAAUUGAAAUCCAAGCAAAACCAUCUGUUGCAGCAAAAGCAUGCUAUUGAAGAAAAAUAUGUCCAAUUACAUGAUCUUAUUUUACAAAAUACUAACUGUAGACCACCUAGUGCACCAAGUCUCUCAGCUUUCCAUAAUUCUCAGAAUGCUACAUCUGACACUAUGUUAGGUAACACUGACUCCAAUGUAAACGGUGGAGCUAAAACAAAAAAGAAAUUUAAAAAGUGAUAAUACAUCUAUAAUUUAUUAACCGAAUGUGAUAUACAAUUUCUUAUCGUUAACUACAUUUUGAUGCCACUCAUUUUCAUCCAUUUAUAUCAUUUGGGAAUCAUUAAAUUUUUUCUUCUUCUAAUACAUUAAUCUGUUAAUGCAUAGAUUAAAAAAGUAUUUAAUGAUACUAUAUCUUUAUAUUUGUGUUAUAUUUUAUCUUGUACUAAAUCACUUUUCUAAUAGUACAGUUUUAAGUUGUUACUCGCAUUUUGUUUUAUAUUACUUGUAUAAAUUAUGGAUCUAAAUUGACUUGGCAACAAACAAUUUUCAUUUAAUUUUAAUCAUUUUACCUCAAUCAAUUUAUUUCUUCAUAAUUAUACAUAGUUUUUAUUUAUAUUGUUUUCUCUGUUAUUGGAAUAUAUUAUACAAUGGUGUCCUCUGUAAUUUUUUUUUCUUUUUAAUUUUGCAUGAUUUUUUGAUUUGCAAAUGAUGCCUUAUAUUUAUUUGAUUAAACUGUUUUGUUU